AUGUUUGAUUCCGCUUCAGCGCUAUCACUAAACAAUUUGCAGCCUGAUCACCACAUCAUCAUUUCGGCUUUCCGAGAGUUCCUGGCGGUCUUCGUACAGCCGGAUGUCUAUGAAGCGGAUCUCCCCCCAAACCCUUACAGCGUUCCUCUUCGACUUGAAGACUUGUUACAUUGGAAAGAGGAGGGCGUGCAGCCCCUAUAUGAACAGCAAUAUGGCGUUUGUCCAGUGCAAGCAACCGAGCGCGCACAUAGGAGGAUCGUCGACAACUUUUGCAGUGUACUUGCUACGCUCAAUUACUCCUACCAAAAAAACCAGACUUAUGAGACUUGGGUCGCAUACCUUCGUUGGAAGAAAUAUGUUGUUAUGCCUAUCCCACCUGAUUUCUGUAAAGGGGCUAUGGCUUUGCUCGCACGUCACCGCAGCAACAUAGAAACAUCACAUGAAGAAUCCUUUCCCCAGUUGCGAAAGAGCCUGGAAGAAUGGGGCCUUUAUCAACCGUACCACCGCCCUGUGUUACUUAUGCCAGCUCUGAUGGACUAUAUGUCUCUAUUUGGCAAGGCUCUUCCCGAUCUGAUGAGCGAGAACGAUGAGGUCAUCUCUACCAUUGCGUCUCGUUUCGAAUCCUUUAUAAAAUCGAAUUUUGAAACGCCAAAUGUGCCCAAAGUCCGAGAUGGCCGUGGUGACAAGCUGCACAUAUUCAAAGCGACUGCGUCUUUUGGAUGGCGUGAAAGGCUAAUGGUAGAGGGCGCAUUAGCUUUCAUUCGGUUUUACUCAAGAAUGACGCAGUCUCACACCCUGUUUGAUCGGCCCUCACUCCAAGAAGACCCCGAUGACGCAAUCGUAAUCGAAGACUCAUCGGACGACGACCAUAGGAUAUGUACAUAA